ACGUUGUGAGUGGGACGUGGGAGCCAACGGCCGGCCUUCGUGUGUCCGACAGGCUGAAUUGCUUGAUUGAUUGAUGGAUCCAUCGUGGUGAUUCCGCGUCACGGCCAUGGCUACGUCUUCUGCCAGAUUGUGGCCGUAUCCUUGGGAGGCGGCGGCAAUCUCUUCUGCUAAGGGAGGCGGAGGUGGGGUAGGGGGAGAGGGAGGGGGAGGGGGAGGGGAUGUGCACAAGAACAGUCGAUGCCAGGAAAUACGAAAUGAUUAUCGAAGAAUAUGGGGAUGGAACGGGAGGUCGCAGCACCCAAGUUUUAUGCCACGUGGCACACCAGGGUGCUGGCUCUGUAGUCGACGUGAGGUGACUGGGACGGGGGAGAUCCGUCGUGAUGAUGCUGAUUGUGCAUUAGGCCGAAGGACGAGAGUGCAUCUCUUUGGUCUGGCAAAGGGAGGACAGAUCCUUCCGCCGGCCAUGCGGAGUAGUUGCUGCACCACGGGAGGUGGCCACGUCAGCAGCUCCCUUGGUGGGGUGACACGUGUCUCACGAUUGGCUGGUCGGUUUUGCACAGAAAGAAACGGACGGGAUUUGCUGCCGGUGGUCGUCGGCAAAGGAUCUUGGGACGGAGUGAGGAAAGUGAAGGAUAACGAGGUGGAGAAAGGGAGAAGUGGAUUAUGUCCAUUGCCCAGAAGGAGGGCGUGUCAGAAGAUUGGCGCUCUGUAUGGUGGGCUGAAUAAACGAGGGGACUACACGGAGGCAUUCGGCGUUUGCAUUGCGCGGGCUGAUAAGCUAGGAAAGCGGACGGGCGAACGACUAAGUGUCGUUGAGGCGAUUGGCGGUGAGGGAGAGAGAGAGGAAAGGACGGGGUUCAGGGGGCGGCCGACAGGUAAUGGGACUACACCACUACAUGGAGGAGGAGGAGGAGAACGAGGAGAAGGAUGGGGGAAGGUGGUAGGUGGAAGGAGAAGGGAUGCGAGCGCGAAGAGCACGACGACGAUCGGAAGCAAUGGCGAUGGCGAAAGUGAUGAUGAGGAUGCUGACGAGUCGACUUCCCUGAUUGCAACGGAGGCAGCGACGCCGAGGGGAAUGCGACUAGAAGGAGACAGCGGAGGAACGGUGGAGAGUAUGUCAUGGCUUGGUGUAAAUUGGAGCGCAAUGCUUAUGUUGGACAAUGAGCAAGGAGGAGGAGGAGGAGGAGGAGGAGGAGGAGAAAGAGGAGGAAAAAGAACAGAAAAUCGAGAAGGAUCUGCAGCUUGGAAUCGCUGGGAAGACGUGGCGUCUAACCAGCGAACCUCGGGACCGGAUAGCGAUGGCGAAGCCGCUGGAAUUCCGUCGAAACACGUGGGUAUGGAAGCGCCGAGGAGGAUCAAUCGGAUUCGGAGGCUGCGACCGAGAAUGAAUCUGAAACAGCUCUCGAAAUUGGCCAAACUCGUGGUAGUAGCAGAAACAGUAGGGAAGGAGAACGAAGUCCAUGGCUAUGGUGACUCAGCCCAACCCGAUGUAAAAGGUGAUGGCGAUGUGGCGGGCGACGACUUAUGCCUGCUUGCGGGCGAGUCCGCCGGUCGACCCGCAAUGAAAACAGGUGGUGUCGACGUGGUGGGCGACUCUCACGAUGAUAGUUUUUAUACUGUCCGGGAUGAUGAGGCCAGUUACGGUGAGGAUGAAAGGAAGAGGAAUGGCAGCGGCGGAAGAGAAAGCCGGCUGCAGGCUGACAGGCAGCAGAAGAAGUUGACGUUGAUCUUAGGAAGACGACGAUCUGACGGCCGAGUUCCAUCGAGAAAAGUCGAUAGCGCAUCGACUACGUCAGUGGAUGAUGACAGCGUGGUGCCCUCUUCCCUAGCGGGUCCCUCCCACGAUCAAGGGGUUGAGGAUGGCUUAGGGAGAGAGAGAGGGAGAGAGAGAGGGAGAGCGAGAGCUAAGGGUGAAGGCAGUUGGACGAAAAUUGUUGGUGAGACGGGCCAUGUCGUGUAUAGACGAAACAUGGGGCACCAGCGUUCUCCUCCUCCCAUAGUAAAAGGAAGAAAGAACCCGCUUGUCGGCGGUGGAGAAGAGGUAGAUUCAGAUUAUGCCAUCGAUGAUGAUGAAGAACUGGCUGUAGCUUCUUCUUCCGAAGCACGAAAGGAUGAUAAGGCGGCGAGCUUUUCGCCCUCUGGAAAUGUCAAUGACGGCAACCGAAAUGAUGCUCUGGCCAUAGAAUCUCCUACACAUAGACAUUCUGCUGAUGAGUCUUGCACGCCAUCGUCAUCGUCAUCUUCACUCCAACUGCCAUCAUCAUCAUCAUCGUCAUCAUCAUCAUCAUUGUUCCAGCUGUCGAGGUGCGUUACGUUAGUGUCACCUUCAGCAUCAGAGGAUAUCAGCGGUGGUCGGGGACAUGCCGUCGCUCAUCUCAACGACAACGAUGACGACGAAGUAAGUGAAGGCAUCCAAGACGCAGACGAAGGAGAAGAUGAAGAAGCAGCAGAAGAGCGGAAGCUGCAUUUGGAGGCAGAGAGUGGUGGUGACAGCGCCGCCAUCGAGUCGUCACUCAGGGAAAGCUCUACUACGUCAGCUCAGGCAUUGUAUAUGAAGGGAGAGAGUGGCACUGACAGCGCGAUCAACACAAUCAUCAAAAGAUCUGGUAUUUCAGAUAAGAUGAGAUACAAUAGUAACAGUAAUAAUUAUGAGACUACUACUUUGGAGAAGAAUCGGAUAACCGAUGAUGAUGACGACGACGACGACGAAGAUGAUGAUGAUGAUGAUGAUGAUGAUGAAGUUGCACAUGCUGUUCAUGAUUAUGAUUGGCUUUGGCGGGAAACAUGGGGAUGUGAUGUGCGAGGGUUUGGUACAGCUGGGGACGGAGUAAGAAGACGACAGCAGGGGAUAGAGGACCGUAUCGAUGAUGACGAGACCCUUGGAGACGAUGGGGAUGGAGAAGUGGAUGGCAUCCGUGAGAGCGUGGCCGGCGAUGGCGGUCGGGAUCCCAGCGGUGUUGAUGCCGAUGCCUUACGAGUAGUGGAAGGUGUUGAAGACAAAGAUGAUGAUAUGUCAGAAGGUGGGGUGUUGGUGGAGGCGGCCAGGAAUCAGGAAGAUGGUAAAGAAGGUGACGGUCAUAGAGAGGACGCUAUAGCCGCAGAAGCAGCUGGAAUCGAUGCUGAGACAUUGGAGGGGGGCACGAGGAGGAGAAUCAUGCGGCCAGUGAGGUCCAGGGGCGCUUAUCCGAUCGAGAUGCAGAGUCCGGAUCCGGACCCGAUGGCCGUGACGGCAAUGGGCAAUCAGAGGAGGCGAACGGAGAAAGGACGUGUGAGCCGCCUUCGUGGAGAAGCAGCAGUAGCAGCGGCAUCAAAGGAAGAAGAAGAUGACGAUGAUGAUGAUGAUGAUGAUGAUUACGAUUACGAUGAAGAGGAUGAUGAUGAUGAUGAUGAUGAUGAUGAUGAUGAUGGUGAUGCUGGCGAUGGUGAAGCGCGAGUUUCGGGGAAGAGGAGAUUGACGGGAUACAAGAAGCGGUGGUUGAGGAGGAAGGAGUGGAAAAAGCGAGUGUGUGACGAGCAGUGGAGGGAGAUGGUGGGAAAGGUGGUAGGCGAGAUUUUGCAGAUGCCACCUGGAAGAUACAUCUGGGAGGCGAUGGCCAAGUGGGAACAGAGCGAGGUGGAAGCGGGAGAGGUCGGUAGGAUGCGCAACUGGGAUUGGUGUGGGAUUGUGAAAGAGCUGGGCAGAGCGCGCCGAUGGCAGAGAGCGCUGGAAAUGUUUGAAUGGCUAGUCUUACAGAAUUGGUAUCGACCGACUUCAGGCAUGAUUGCGACUGUCGUUGGAGUCUCUGGGCGAAGUGGCCACAUCCGAAUUGCCGAGGACUUGUUCCAGAGAUAUGAAGAUGGGGUAGGCAACCAGAUUAGCGUUUACAACGCUCUCCUUGGUGCGUACGUUAGAAAUGGAUUGUACAAGGAAGCCGAGAGGCUCUUCGAGAUUAUGAAGAAAAAGCGCGGCGGCCGACCGAAACCUAAUGUCGUUAGCUAUAACACCAUGAUCAGCGCUUUGGCGAGAAUGGCCGAAGAAGACGAUCUUGAUGCUGCCGAUGCUGAACGAGAGAGAGGAGGAGGAGGAGGAGGAGGAGGAGGAGGAGGAGGAGGAGGAGUGUUGUCCAAAGACAAAGGGGAAGAAGGUGUUGGGGGGGGCGCGAGGGAUGAUGAAGGGGAGGGAGGAAGGAGGAAGAGGUUUGGCGACAAAGCGCGGAACUUGAUGAGGGAGAUGAAAGAAGCGGGACUUCAGAAAGAUACCAUUACUUUUAAUACAAUGAUUGCAGUGUGUGAGAGGGCAGGAAAAUGGCGGGAAGCGGAACAAUUGUUCUCUGGGAUGAAGACUUCCACAUCAUGGGUCUGCAAACCUGAUAAAUGGACGUAUAAUACCAUGGUUGCCGUCUAUGUGAAGGCUGAUAAGGAGGAGGAGGCAUUCAAGGUGUUCAGAGAAAUGUUAUCAAAAGAGAUAGAACCAGAUCGAGACACGUGGAAUGCAAUCGUUCGUAUCUUGGCGAGGAUGGGCAGGAUAGACGAGGCAGAGGAGGUUGUCUUCGAGAUGAAAUCACGUAGUCGGAGGUUAGACGAGAUGUCUUUCAAUGCGCUGAUCAGCAUGUACGGCAGGCUGGGAGAAGCGAAAAUCGGAGAAGACGUGUGUCGGCAGAUGCGCAAUCGAGGCAUGAUUCCCCAUAUAACCUCAUUUACUGCUAUAAUCGAUGCCUACGGAAGAGCAGGAAAGUUACGCGAGAUGGAGAGAAUGUGGGGACAGAUGGUCGCCGAUGGCAUUCGUCCCAUGGCUGCUACCUUCGGCGUGGUUAUGUCUGCUUAUGCGAGGAGUGGUAGAUUUCAGCAAGUAGAGACGGUAUUCAGAGGACUGGGGAGAUGGGGGGAAAGGGGUGUUGAAGAUGUGGGUGAUGAUAGGGUCAUGGCAGACAGGGAUGCUUAUCUUACAAUGAUUGACGUCUACAUGAAAUGGGGCCGCCAAGAUCGUGUGCAGCGCUUAUUGGAGGAGAUGCAGGCGGCUGGAUUAACGAGCAAGUACGAUGGCGAUGAUUGGCAGAUGAACAGAUCGAUCUCCGGCAAUAGCCGCCGACGUUCUUCUCCUUCUGUCGCGGCAGAGGAUGAUCAUAGAAUUACUAAAGGAGGAGGAGGAGGAGGAGGAGGAGGAGGAGGAGGAUGGGGGGGGAGCGACUGGGAUCAAUUGUUGGGGGUAAAGGAGAUGGCGAGCGAUGAGGCUGCAGUUGGAGGGAUGGAGAAAGAGGAAUGGGGAGGGGAAGGAAACGAAGAAGGAGAAGUGGUGGUGGCCAGCUCUUGGAAGACCUACACACGAUUGAUUGAAGCAUAUGGUCGAGGUGGCAAAGUGGAAGAGGCUGAACAUACUUUUGCGAGGAUGAGGAGAGAGGGACCACCCCCCGAUGAUCGGACGUACGCGGCAAUGAUCGAUGCCUAUGCACAUGGCGGCAGAAUUGAUGACGUGGAGAGGUUAUGGGAAGAAAUGAUGACACGUGGCAAGUCGAAGGACGGAAUGAAAUGGGUGGCAGCAGCAGAGGGAGAAGUAGCUGGCGAGGGCGUAGUGCCACAUCCCCCUCCUAGGCCUGGACUUGCAUCUUAUUCCGCUGUGAUGAGGGCGUAUUUGAAGGCUGGCAGAUUUAUGGCUGCGUCGUCACUCCUGAGAACAGCGGAAGAACAGAGGUUGAGGGCGGCGGCCUUGAGGAAGGGUAAUGGUGCUGCAAGUACUGUCGUCAGUACCGUCCCACGUGGAGGAGAUGGUAGUCAAUCUGAGGAGGAGGCGGUUGUGUUCUCCUUGUAUCAAUUGUUGGCAUUUGCGUAUGCGAAGCAGAGACGUAUUUCCGAUAUGAACGGCGUGCUUCUGAGGAUGGAGCGGGCGAAGGUCGGAUUAGAACUUGCCACGUGCCGUGCUGUAAUUCGAGCAUACGAUAUUGAGGACAUGGUGGAAGAUGCUCUUCUUGUACUGGAUAAAAUGGAGGCAGAAGAGGUUGUCGGCGAUUUGGAAGUCUGUUCUCGUUUGCUGGCGAUGAGUGUGAGGAGAAGGAUUUGGAAAGAGGGUGUGGAACGAGUACAGGUCUGCAUGGAGAAGUGGGGGAUAGAGGGGGACGGAAAUGUGGCCUUGGCACUUCUCGAAGCGCACGGAUUACGAGGACAAUGGGAUAAUGCGCAGAGGAUCUUCGACGAGAUAAAGCAGAAAGGCUGGCCUUGUCCGACCGCAGCGCAUGAUUGGCUGAUACGAGCCUACGUGGAGGGGGGUAGAGGGGAGGACGCGGAGCGGUUGCUGUUGGAACUGGAAUCGGCGGGAUGUGUGCCAGGGGUCAGAACGUUCGAGGGGGUGAUUGAUGGGCUAUCGAGGUCUGGAGGGGAGGGAAGAUUAUGGGGGAUCCUCCGGAGGGUGGAGCGAAGCGGAUUAGGAUUGACCAGACGCAUGUACGAGCAGAGCCUGAUCGCCUUUUCGAGGAUGGGAAGGGUGGAGGAGGUGGAGGCCCUUUGGCAGCGAGCCCGAGAAGAUGGCCAUCUCCUGACCUUCCCCAUGUACAAGGCUGUGAUUUUGUCCUUGGCGCAGUUCAACAAGCUGAAAAUGGUGUCUAGACUGAUGCAGGAGAUGGCUGAGUCGGGACACCGUGCUGACCUGGAGCUUUACAAUCACGUCAUCGCAAUGUAUGGUCGAAUAGGCAAGCUGGUCGAAGCAGCGACUGUUUUCCAGGGAAUGAAGGAACUUGGGUGCGAGCCAGACUCGGAGACAUAUAAAGAGUUGGUGGGGAUGCAUCUGGAUCGUCUGCUAUGUGACCAAGCAAUCCGGAUCCUAAAGGGGAUGGAGAAAAACGAGGUGAGGGUGGACGAAAGAAUCUACGCCAAGCUGAUUCGAUCGUUGGGCAAAUUGGGAAGGGUCCAAGAUGCAGAAGACUGGUUUGGAAAGGUCAAAGGGAAACCACUUACAGACAACGUGUUGGAAGGAGUGUAUGCAGCUAUGGUGGAUGUUUAUCGGAGAGAGGCAAUGUGUGACCAAGCUAAGGAAUUGGUGAGGGAGAUGAGAGAGGGAGGCAUGCAGGUGGGACCUGGGAUAAUGAAUAUGCUUGUUGAUGCGUUCGGCAGAGCUGGAAGGGCAGAUGCGGCGGAAGAAGCGAUUCGAGAAAUGGAGGCAACGGGGAUUGGAAUCGACGGUCGAGAACACACGUCGCUCCUGCAUGCAUAUCUCAAACAGUGCCAGUAUGACAAGGCAGUGGAGGUGUUCCGGUCGAUGAGAGGGCGGGGACUUGUCCCUACUACAGUCACGUACACGACUAUGACGCAGGCUUGUGGGGCGUGCAAUGAAUUCAAGGAGGCACUUGUGCUGCUCAAGGAGAUGAAGGCGGCAGGGAUGACCGUGCCUUAUGCCUUGAUGAGGGGUCAGGCAACGAAGAAGGGAGACGACCUUUGGGAAGAGGUUGGACGGUUUCUGGACGAGCUGGUGUUGGAAGGCAAGGAGGCAGCUGCCGGAUUUGUAAAUGUGCUGACAGAUUUACUGUGGGUUUACUCCCAAAAAGAGAGAGCUGCGCACCUUCUCCUUUUGGCACAGGAUAGGAGGGUCUUUGGUGCACCCCUUUUCAGAGUUAACAACAAAGACUGGGCGGCAGAUUUGAGGAGAAUGUCAUAUGGAACAGCAUUGACCGUGCUGACAAUGUGGCUGAUCAAACUACAGGAAGCAGCCUUGGAUGGCGAACCAGAAUGCCCGAAGAAAGUGUACCUGGUCACUGGGUCAGGGAGACAACAGAAUGAGGUUUCAGUCCAGAGAACGGUGAUGUCAAAACUAUGGGACAUGCGUUCGCCAUUUUCUCCGUCCGAUACACGAGAGGGUGUCCUGAUUGGAAAUGGUCGUGCCGUUAGCAUGUGGCUCAAGAAUUCUCCCAGGUGUAGGGAACUAGAACUCCGCGAUGACCCACUUCCACGAAAGCCUCCAGUUGCCGUGUAUGAUGGUACACUUAUGACUGUUGAUGUCAUUCGGUCCCUCAAGCGUAUUGAACAGAAAGAGCGUGACCUGUCAAGCCCGAAAAGACCGGUGGCUGCCGUUUUACUGACAAAUGACAUAGACGAAAACAAGGAGAAUGCUAAUGAAAAGGAUCAAAGCACAAAGAAGGUGAGGGAGUCAAGGGGGGAAGGAGCAUCGAGGAAAAGGAGGCCGACAAAGGCAGAGGGUGCUCUGGAGGAAACCUUACAUGAGGGACAGAAAUGCACAGAAAUGCAGGGUUUUGCAGAAUCUGUCGUCCUCUUUUAUGGCAGUGAGGUGGCAAUCGAAGGGUUCAAACAAAUCGAGGAUAACGAUGGUGCGCAUCUGAAAAGCCGAGCUCUGGAUAUGAACGAGUACGGGACGACAAGCAAAGGAAAGAUCCAGGGGCAGGGAACGUAAUGGAGUUUCAAAAUUGGUGCAAGCAGAGCGACCCACUCUGGAGAAUU